UCUGUUGCAUGCCAUAGAAGGAGCUCUAAAGUUGGUCCGCAAGCUCAUCCACUCUGAUCCAGAGCCAUGUGGAAGCGUAAGAUCCAGUUGUCUGGCUUCCUGAUCUCUUCCCUGGGAUGGGUGUUUGUGCUCUGCACCAUGGCCAUGGACUACUGGAGGGUGUCCCAGGUAGGCGGCACUGGAGGCUCCUUCAUCAUCAAGGUGGCCUGGUUUUGGUCCAACCUGUGGAAAGAUUGCUUCACUGACUCCUCAGGUAUCAGCAACUGCAGAGACUUCCCUGUACUCUGGUCUGUCACUGCAUAUGUCCAAGGUGUUAGAGGCUUGUUGAUGUGCGGACUCGGUUUUGGGUUCUUUGGGAUACUGUUUUGCUUUCUGGGGAUGGAGUGCACGUACCUUGGAGGAGAGGACCAAAUGAAAGAUAAAUUAUUGCUGGCAGGAUCAGUAUUUCACUUUGUUGGUGGUCUGGCAGACAUUGCUGGAUACUGCUUAUACGUAAACAGAAUCGCCAAGACAACCUUUUCUGGCAAUCAACCUAGAGGAACCUUGAUCUAUGAUCUCGGCGAACCUGUCUUUUUGGGACUGGUGGCUAGUUUCUUUAUCCUUCUGGGUGCCAUACUUUAUGCUGUUACUGUUUACAGAAUACUCUUCCCUAAAAGCCCAGAAAAUGGAAAUGGCACACAAACAUACAUGGCCGCUCGCUCUAGGGGUCAAACCCUCUACAACGGCACCUACAGACCAAGCAGACUGUACUCUAGACAGUACGGCACCUACAAAGGCUCAGGACGAUCCAGCAGUUACCAGCUCUCCACCAUCUCAAAGACAAGCAUCGAAAAGAUGUCUGAGAGAGAUGCUUUUGUGUAGUGGCGCACUUUUGGGAUUGUUACUUGUUACUUUUUUAAGUCAUACUUGUUGUAAAUGUUCAGAAAGUGAUUGAUACGUUUAUUGUGUAACUGUAUAUAUUUAGAAACUAUGACAUUGUACAUGCUGUAGUUAAAAUUCAAUUUACGAUUGAAUUGUAAAUACAUAUAAAGAACAUUUUGAAUGGG